UUUAGAAAUCAAUUUUACGGAUUUCCAGUUGAAAAUGAGAUAUUGUUUUUUCUUUUGUAAUGAAUUCGACCUGACCAACCACUGUGAGUACACAUUAAGCUUAAACAGAUGCUAAACGAUCAAUACUUGUUAAAAAAAUCUCAACUCGGAAAGAUAUUCUGUUGUAGAAUYAUUCACGAUAAUGUCUAGYUACAACUGUCGGGAGUUUACAGAUUGGUAUUCCCUUGCACAUGAUGUUUACCCUUUCACAGUUGUCUUCAUAGUGAUUCUUUGCCUUUCUGUAUUACCAACAUUUGUUCUUAACGCGUUGAUUCUGACGGCCAUCGUUCGCACACCAAAUCUUCACAACCCUUCCAAUAUCUUGACUUGUAAUCUUACAGCAGCCAACUUGGUGCUUGCYUUGRYUGCUAUUCCUUUUGCAGUGGCGUGGAAGCUGUUAGAACUGUACCACCACGACAAUAAUGUAAUAUGCACCUUGACUAUAACAAGCAGCAUAGUCAGCAGCAAUUUCAUCGGUUGUAUUUUAAUGAAUCUGCUCUUCGCCACCGUGGAUCGAUAUCUCGCGUUGGUGCUGCACCUUCGUUACCGAUCGAUAGUAACGAACGCGAGGAUGAUAAAGCUAUGCGCUUUCACAUGGAUAACGUCUCCGUUACAAUCUACUUCUAUUCUAAUAGGCGCAUAUGUCUACAGAAUUUUCGUGGCAGCACUUAUUGUUGUUUCUUUGACAAUCAUCGGAUUUUGCUAUUAUAAAAUCUUCACUAUCAUUCGCCGUCAUCAUAAUCAGAUUGCAAGCCAAGCAGUCAAUACCACUGCUGUAACUCAUCAUACUAAUAUGGCACGCUAUAGAAGGUCUGUUUUGAACCUUUUGUAUGUCAUGGGUUGUCAGUUUAUAUUCUUUACGCCUUUUCUGUGUAGUCUAGUUGUUUUUGGUAUUCGAGGUGUUUCCGUGGCGAGUUUACAGUUGUUGACCRUMAGUAUUYCCUGCAUGUUUCUCAGCUCUUUCUUUGACCCUUUAUUGAUGUGYAUGAAGAAUGGAGAAUUACGUGCUGCAGUCARAGGAACUGCGAUACAUUGCUGGGCUAAGAUAAAAGAAGCGAAGAUAGCGUGGCCGAGSGGUCAUGGUCUUGGUCUCGGAUUCCAAUGGUUCGAUUCUGCUUAAUAUGGCUAUAAUAGCUACUAAAAUUUGGACUAUUUGUUCUGAAUUUGCCUUUAUUCAGAACUGUGGACUAAAACCUUCAUAUUUUCGCAYAACCUUUUCAAGAUCGGAUGCAUACAUUAUGAUAAAUCGUUUAGCUCGGUAUUUUAUAUACUGAAAGCACGAUGUAGUCGUCAAGUAAUGGCGGCCAURUUGGAACAGGAUUAUAAUUUAUCAUAGAAUUGAUUGCAGAAAUUUUAAGGAUCAUUGUAAUGCAAAAAGUCAUAUAUAAGAGUUAUUCUGUUKCAUGGAGGGUUUAUUAUACUACGGUUGUGACGGAUAUGGUAUUUUUAKCUAAAAAAAUAUGCAGCUGCCAUGCACGUCUCCAGUCAUGCACGUGCAUACAAGAAUGCAAGCAAAAGUAUGUAUUGCACGACGGCAUGUCGWACAAAAAAAGAAAGAAAAAUAAUUGCAUGCAUAAAAAUCAUCGAAUAAUAAAUGUWAACACUGUAGAAUAAAUGUCACAUUUUAAAAGUCGUUUCCAAUUUUGUCUUCCCGAAAAGAUUGAAACAUGACAAACGAAUUGAAAAAAGAAMUUUCMCCYAAGCAAACGUUUGAUAUUAGUAGUGCAAAUUGUUUUAAUCUUUGCCAUUGAGAAUUGAAACCCAAAUAAGAAUGAAUUAACGUUAUAGGCAUGCAGAUGAAGUACACUUGAGCCAGCACACAAAUGCCCCACUUUGAUGAA